AUGCAAUUUCGCUUCCUGGGCUGGCAGGAUUGCCCAGACUGGCUCCUCGCCCAAAUCUGCGAGUUUUCUAGCUUGUCAUCGGUCAGAUUCAAAGGAUUAUGUCAGUUAUCGGUGGACUUUCUUCUCAAAAAAGAUGUGGCUGAAGAGGAUGUAGCACGAUUUGUUUCUGAACAUAAUGAUGUUUCCAGUAUUCGAAGAUUCUUGUAUUCUGUUUCCUAUAUGAUGAGGAGUGCAGCCUCAUACAAUUGUGAAGCUGACGAUUUUGAAAAAGAAUGUACCCAUCUGGGACUCCCACCAGAGCAUAGCAAGAUGUUAGCGCGUGUUUACACAUCUAACCUCGAUGUUUUGAAGGAAUAUGUGAAAAACAGUAUACCAAAAGACGCUCCUCUGGAAUCGGUUACUCUGACGGAAGAAAAUGGGCCAAACCCCAUAUUACGGUAUACACUUAAUGGAAAAGAGACUGUUUGUCAACUAACGAGGGAACAAUUAUCUACCAUGCGCUCAGAGAUAAAGUUCGUCAGGGACAUGAUUUCGGCCAUAUUCACAAAUUUUGAUUUGGACGACGACGACGACGACGACUGA